UCACGCUGUCACCAGUCGCCGGCUCCCGAGCCCCGACAGAGAAGCUGUGAAAAUGAAGAUCUGGGCGUCAGAGCACAUUUUCAACCACCCAUGGGAGACUGUGACCCAGGCGGCGAUGCAGAAGUACCCCAACCCCAUGAACCCCGGGGUGUUUGGCGUGGAUGUUCUGGACAGACGUGUGGACACAGACGGACGGUUACACAGCACCAGACUGCUCAGCACAGAGUGGGGACUCCCUGCUAUGGCCAAGUCUAUGAUUGGGGCAACGAGAUCAUGCACGUAUGUUCAGGAGCAUUCAGUUGUGGACCCCAAAGAGAAGACCUUCGAGCUGCAAUCUACAAACAUCUCCUUCACUAACCUGGUAUCUGUGGAUGAGAAGUUGACCUACAAGCCACAUCCGCAGGAUCCUGAAAAAACGGUGCUGACACAGGAGGCUCUGAUCAGUGUGAAAGGCAUCAGUCUGAGCAGCUACCUCGAGGGUCUCAUGGCCAAGACCAUCUCAGUCAACGCUGGCAAGGGUCGGGAGGCGAUGGAGUGGGUCAUCAGGCGACUAAACACUGAAAUCGAAGAGUUGGCGGCGACGGCUCGUGGUACGAUGCGUGUUCCCAUGGCAGCAGCCGUUGCAAACAAAUGAUCCUGGGCCUGUCCCGCUGCUUCCUCCUGCAUCAUGAACCGAUGGUCUUCUCGAACCUUUGCCCCUUAAAGGGGUCCUCAUCUGCCAGCACAGCCUAGUAACCACAGCCCCGUCCCUUGGUAUGUUUGUCUUAGUACGUCACAAGAAGUCGCUGUGACGAGUUCGAUACUCGUCUCUGUGGGCAGUGAGGGACAGUAUUGAGCCGAUGACAGUUAAAAAACACAGAACAAACAAACACAGGGUUCAAUUGAACUGCACUUGAAGCUCAUAGAAUUUAGACCUGUGAAGUUAAAGCUCUUUUUUAAAAAUUCACGUGUGCCUCCGCAUCAUUCAUAACUUAUGCGUCACUUUUCGAAUCUUUCUCCGCCCCCUCAUCUGCGUAUGUCUUCUUAAAGCUCUUUUAAUUCUUUACAAGCCUUUGCGAACAAGCUAAGCACUGCUAGCAGCUGAAAUGAAGUCACUUCACCCUCCAGCAGAACUGGCCAAAAUAUGUCACUACCAAAACCUCACCAGUCCAGACUGGCUGUUAUCAUCUUAGACUGUUAGUAAUAAAACUGCACAUUUGUCUUUUCACUCCUUGGGCACUUUUUUUUAAAUUCCCAGAUUGCAGUGUUUCUGUCCAAACAAGGCCCCAGGACCAACUGUCAACAUGUUGUGUGAGCAGUUUGUUUCUACUGUAAAGAGAGACACAGCUCAGCUCCAGAUCUGAGUACAGGUUCAGUGGCCUGACAGUAACACCGGUUUGCAGGUAUUGCAUGGUGCUGGGAAAACAAUGGCACCUCUCUUGUCUGGGUCUGGUACAAGCAGCACAACUUUGCCUCCAGUUAGAAGUCGGAGAGACUGUGGCUACAUCCACGGUACAACGUUUUCUUUUGAAAAUGUAUCGACUCCUUGCUACGUAAACAUCCGGCCUCCACAUUGCCCUGUUUGAGUUUGAAAACUCCAAGGCUGUGUUUUAGUCUGGACAGGUUGCUAACAGCUGUUGUUUUGUUAAAUUCUGCUCUUCACGAUAAUACAACUGCUUCCAUUCGUAGAAGAGCUAUUACUGAAGCAACAUGCCCAGUGCACGUGAAUGGUCAUAUGGGUUUUCAGGUGUGUUGGUUUGAACGGGGAUUUAAACACUCGUCUGAACAGCCAUUCUUUUAUUUUGAAAACAGCAUAAUAGUUGUUGAUGUAGCCAGUAUACUGAAGGUCAAGCUCUGCAGCAGGGGAGCGGUGCUGACAAAGGUGUUGAACAGCAAACAAUGACGGCUUCUAGGCUUAUUUGUUGAAGGCGUCAAAGCAUUUCAACAAAAUGGGAGAUGGAGCUUUAGCGUAAUUUAAAAAGAUGCUGGUCUGUCUGCUUUGAUCCUGUUGGACUGAUCUACAGAUUGUGUUGUAAAAAUGACUUGAUUUCUCUCUCCUCAUAAUCUCGCGUGUUUUUUCUGUUUUGUUACAGUAUGUGAACAAGCUUGAAUGUUUAACUUAUAUUCAGCAUGUGUACUCGAACGUGGGCGGGAAGUUUCUUGAAAAGUGCGGAGUUGUGUCCAGCGUGUUGUGAACGCUCACCAGUGUUGUCAGAGGACCACUACAGGGUUAUGUUCAGGAUCAUGGAGUGUGCCAAGAUGGAAAUCAUUUUCAGAACCCCCGUAACGGUUCACUUAGGAUAUCAUUCAUAAACAAGCUGUGAAUAGAUGGUGAUGUUUAUUGUAUAUUUCUAUUGGUGAAUAUUGACAAAGGCUGUUCGAUUUAUUUAUUAAAAAAAAAUUGUAUCUUCAAUUUUUAUACUUAAUUUCCCAGGUACAUCCCUGUAGUACUCUCAUACAAAUGCUAAGCGAUGAUGGUACAGUUUACUACUACAUCUGUUUUACACUGUACCCUCUCUCAAUGGAGCUCCACACAAUCUCAAGUCUUCCCACGUGGCUCCACAGCUCGUCUCUUGCUCGACCAUCAUGCUGUCGAGCAAGUUUAUAACUGCGGCUUUAUCAUGAAACUUCAAUCCCAUCAAGCACUGUCCUGCCCUGGAUCCUUCUGUCUGACGCCUGGUCCGCUUCCUAACGCAGCCAUCAUCCAGGCAGUAUCCACACGCAGCAUCUCCUUUCAUGAGUGAAGUGUGAUGAUUUUUCUAUGGGGAACAUUUUAAGUACAAGUGGCUGUAAAUAGGCUUAUAUUUAUAUUUUGGUAGUGUUACAUUCUGAGAAUGGGAACAUGUAACACAAUCUGAAGAGUGCACAUUGAAGUGUUUCAAAAAUAAAGAGAUGUCAUUGUUUCAUGAAAA